AGGAAAACCAAUCCACAAAAUGGCAUCGAAAACUCUUCUAAGAAAUGGAGUUGCGUUGUUGAAUCGAUUAUCAUUAUCAAAUUCGAAAUCACUUCUGAAUUCCAAUAACCCUCAACCUUACAUUUUCCCAUCCCUCUCAAAACUCCAGAAUUUCCCUCAAAACGACGCCGAAUCAGCGAAGAAUCUUAUUUCAUCCGAAGGGUUUCUCUACCCUUGUGGUCUCCCUUCUCUUCGCUUCUUCUUACCUAAUGGGGAUGCUCCUUCAUCAGACGAACCAAUGCUUUUAUUCCCAAAAAGAACAUUUCAGCCUAGCACUAUCCGGAGAAAGAGGAAUCAUGGGUUUUUUGCUCGGAAAGCAACCAAGGGUGGCAGAAAAGUAAUUGCUCGAAGAGUAGCCAAGGGUCGGUUUAGGAUUACAGCUUAGUGUUGUUGACUUCAAAAGUAACGAUUCAACGUCGCACCCUAGUAC